AUGAAUGGGCCGUUGGCGAACAAUACCGUAUGCGACACGACGGCCUCGCCGCCGAAGCGGGCGGCAGCACUGGUCGAGGCCAUGAACAUCACCGAGAAGCUCGCCAAUCUUGUCGAGUAUGUGAUGGCACGAUCCUCCAGCAAAGGGGCCCCGAGAUUGGGUCUACCGCCGUACGAGUGGUGGAGCGAAGCCCUGCACGGCGUGGCCGCGUCUCCCGGAGUGUCCUUCAACUGGAGCGGCGGCCCUUUCUCGUAUGCCACGUCCUUUGCGAACCCCAUCACCCUGUCCGCAGCGUUCGACGACGAGCUGGUGCAGAAGGUUGCAGACGUCAUCAGCACCGAGGCCCGCGCCUUUGCCAAUGCUGGUUCUGCUGGGCUGGACUUCUGGACGCCCAACAUCAACCCCUGGAGGGACCCCAGAUGGGGCAGAGGGAGUGAGACGCCAGGCGAAGACCCUGUCCGCAUCAAAGGCUAUGUGCGGUCGCUGUUGAGGGGACUAGAAGGAGAGGAGUCCAUAAAGAAGGUGAUUGCCACGUGCAAGCACUACGCUGCGUACGACCUAGAGCGGUGGCACAACAUCACGCGGUACGAGUUCGAUGCGAUCGUGUCGCUGCAAGAUCUGUCCGAAUACUAUCUGCCGCCGUUCCAGCAAUGCGCGCGGGACUCCAAGGUCGGCUCCAUCAUGUGCUCGUACAACUCGCUCAACGGCACGCCGGCGUGUGCGAACACGUACCUGAUGGACGACAUCCUCCGGAAGCACUGGCGGUGGACCGAGGACAACAACUACAUCACCAGUGACUGCAAUGCUAUCAAGGACUUCCUCCCGGAUGAGCACAACUUCACCCAGACGGCCGCAGAGGCCGCCGCUGCAGCUUACACCGCUGGCACGGACACGGUGUGUGAGGUCGCAGGCUCCCCUCCCUACACGGAUGUCGUCGGCGCAUACGACCAGAAGCUUCUCUCGGAGGAAGUCAUUGACCGGGCCCUGCGCCGUCUUUACGAGGGACUGGUCCGGGCCGGCUACUUCGACCCGGCCAGUGCCAGUCCGUACCGUGACAUCGGCUGGUCGGAUGUGAACACGGCCGAGGCGCAAGCCCUCGCUCUCCAGUCCGCAAGCGACGGCCUGGUGCUGCUCAAGAACGACGGCACGCUUCCCAUCAAGCUGGAGGGAAAGACGGUCGCACUGAUCGGCCACUGGGCCAGUGGAACGCGCUCAAUGCUUGGUGGAUACAGCGGCAUCCCGCCGUACUACCACAGCCCUGUCUACGCCGCCGGCCAGCUCAACCUGACCUACAAGUAUGCCUCGGGCCCGGUGGCGCCGGCCAGCGCCGCCCGGGACACCUGGACCGCCGACGCCCUCUCGGCUGCCAACAAGUCCGACGUCAUUCUCUACUUCGGCGGGCUCGACCAGAGCGUGGCCUCCGAGGACAAGGACCGCGACUCUAUCGCCUGGCCGCCGGCACAGCUGACUCUGAUCCAAACCCUCGCCGGCCUCGGAAAGCCCCUGGUCGUCAUCCAGCUCGGCGACCAGGUCGACGACACGCCCCUGCUCACCAACCCCAACGUCUCGGCCAUCCUCUGGGCCGGCUACCCCGGCCAGUCCGGCGGCACGGCCGUGCUGAACGCCAUCACCGGCGUCUCCCCGCCGGCCGGCCGCUUGCCCGUUACCCAGUACCCCUCCUCGUACACCUCGCAGCUGCCCCUGACCGACAUGUCUCUCCGCCCCGACCCCGCCAGUGGCCGCCCGGGCCGCACCUACCGCUGGCUCCCGCGGAACGCGACCGUCCUGCCCUUCGGCUAUGGCCUGCACUACACCAACUUCACCGCUCGCCCCAAUCCAGCGCAGAACUUCACCCUCACCCCCUCGGCGCUGCUCGCGCCCUGCAAGCUCGCCCACCGCGACCUGUGCCCGCUGCCCUACCCGGUCACGGUGGAGGUGACCAACACGGGCGCGCGCACGUCCGACUACGUGGGGCUCGUGUUCGCAACGACGCGCGACGCCGGCCCGCCGCCCCACCCGCUCAAGACGCUGGUGGCGUACGCGCGGCUGCGCGGGAUCGCGCCGGGCCGGACGGCGCGCGCGCAGGUGCAGGUUGCGCUCGGGGAUUUGGCGCGGGUGGAUGCGGCGGGUAAUCGCGUGCUGUAUCCUGGGAGGUAUGGGUUUGUGCUCGGUGUUGGGGAGGAUGGGGAGGGGGAGGGCGAGGGUGGGGUCGUGGAGAUGGUGGUUAGUGGCGAGGAGGUGGUGUUGGAUGAGUUUCCGCAGCCUCGGGGGGAGUGA